UGUGACGUGAAGGACCUCCUCCUCCGACACACAGCAGCAGCAAUGGCGGACCACGACAACUACGACGAGCGGGAUCGGGUCUACCAAAGCUUCGGCGGCGGCAGAGGGCCCCGCCCCGGCGGCGGCGGUGGCGGCGGCGGCAGGAAGCCCCAGAAGGACCUGCCCAGCGAGCCGCCCUUCACGGCCUACGUGGGCAACCUGCCCUUCAACACGGUGCAGGGAGACAUCGACAUCAUCUUCAAGGAGCUCCACAUGCGCAGCGUCCGAUUGGUCCGCGACAAGGAGACGGACAAGUUCAAAGGGUUCUGCUACGUGGAGUUCGAGGACGUGGAGUCUCUCAAAGAAGCUCUGACCUACGACGGCGCUCUGUUAGACCAGAGGUCCCUGCGGGUGGACAUCGCUGAGGGGAGGAAGCAGGAGCGAGGAGGAGGAGGGGGGGGAGGGGGCAGCGGCUUCGGCUUCAGGAAAGACGACGGCAGAGGUAUGAACGCCGAAGACCACGCAGGAAGACGAGGAGGGUUCCCAGGAUCUUCCAGAGGAGGGCGUGAUGAGGACUUCGGCCAGCAGGGGGAGCUGAGCAGCUCAGGUUUCAGUGACGGGGGCCGAGCCGGCGGUCGCCUUGGGGACCGGAGGGGGGGCGGUGGAGGACCAGGAGCCGGGGGACCAGGAGGACCCCCCCGCUCCAGAGACAUGGGACCCCCCCGCGGAGGAGGACCAGCGCCGGACUUCAGGGAACCGUCUGAUGAGGAGCGGGCCCAGAGGCCCCGCCUCCAGCUGAAGCCCCGCACCGUCGCCGCGCCGCUCAACCAGGUGGCCAACCCAAACUCUGCCAUCUUCGGUGGAGCCAAGCCCAGAGAGGAGGUGAAGCCCCUUGAGGGGGAGGGAGGAGAAGGGGAGGGAGGAGCGAUAGGAGAGGAUGGAGGAGGGGUCCCUAAUUGAUCACACAGCAAGGAAGGAGGACAGAGGAAGGAGGACAGAGGAAGGAGGGAGGAGGGACACAACGUGAUGACAAACAGGAUGUAGAAAUGAUUUAGUUUGCUGUUAUUGGUAAUUUGUUCCUCUGUCUUUGAAUGCAGCACUGACUCCCCCCCCCCCCCCCCGUCAGUGUGCGUCUUGUAGAGCGACUCACCAAUAAAGUGUUUUGUAAAGAAGUUUGAAUGAACUGCAGAAGUCCAAAUUAUUGUUAUUAUGGUCCUUUACAUCGAUGACGUCAUCCCUGCACUUCAACUGCAACCUGCUGACGUGGACCAGGUCUAGGACCCAGGCCCUGGGUCCUAGACCUGGACCUGGUCCUGGUCCAGGUCCCGGUCCUGGUCUGGGUGUUUGCUUUACUGUAUAGAAGAAAAACUACGGCUGUUAACUUUACUUUGUUUUCCUAAACUGUUUAUGGCAAUAAAACUCAACACCGUCA